UUCCUAAUCAGAAGACUUGGGUGUAAAAAUGUCGACGGUGGUAGAUCGGAGUGUAUCGACGCUGAACCCAAACGCGCCGGCGUUCGAUCCGGUGGGAUUCCGUGAGGUAGAGGAUUUCUCUCCCAAGUGGUGGGAGCUGGUGACAACAUCCAAGUGGUUCCGUGACUUCUGGCUCAGUGCCAACUCGGAGGAGUAUGAGUUCGGCGAUAUGGAGGACGAGUUCGAGGAGCUAAUCAUGACGUCAUCCGGUGAGAAUGAGAUGGGUGGAUCUUCAGUGAGAGAAUCAGAUGUUGGGAGGUACUUGAAGGCGCUUCUGAGCAUGGCGGAGUCUACGAAAGGGAAGCUUUACAGAUCUAAUGUGUCUUGUUCUGCCAAGUAUAACCAGAAGAGGAUGAACCCGAACUUCUACUGUCGCCGGAACCAUCACAUCUAUCAGCCUCGUUGAAAAGGUUGCAGCAGCGUCUGGAGAAAGCAAUAAAAGCUCAUCUUUUAAUCUUUUGUCUUUUCAUGAAUGAGAAACUCAUCUUUGCUUCUUGUUCUGUACUACUUUUUCCUCUGAUUAUGUGAAUAUUCUUCUGUUA